GCUAUUAGGUCCGAGUCUCUUUGAAUUUUAUGAAGCGGUUGUAUCUUGGUGGUGCCUCCACAGCCAAGUCAUCCGCCAACCAGCAACAUCAGGCAACAGCCAACAGCAACCAGCUAACAGCAACAUCAGCUACUAACAGCAACCAGCAACAUUAGAACCCUCGUGUUGUCAUCGUCUGCAGCACAGCUUCAACUCAAAAUUGUCAAAUUCGACGACAGUUUUCAGAAUUCACGAAGCUAACGAACUAUUGACACAGUGGAUUAUUAAAAAAAAAAAAACAUAAUAAAAAAUAUUGAAGAAUUUUUUCUGAAAUACUAAACGUGAUUAAUAAAUUCAACAGCAAGUUGAAAAAACUAAUCAAAUCAGUGCGCGAAAUGUUUAACAGCAUUUAAAAGGAAUAAAAGGAUUAAAAAUAAGAAAACUGUGCAAAGUGCAAAACGAAACUAAAAAGCAAUAUUAAAAAAUAUUAAAACACAAAUUAACAAAAAAAAAAACUGCAGACAAAAGUGGCAAAGUGUUGAACAAGAAUUUAUUCUGUUCAAAAAACAAAUUGUGCUGUUUCUUGAGUGAUAAAGUUACACACACAAGCAAAGCCAUGACAAGAAAACGUUCGAGUCCGCUGGGACUCGAGGAGCUGGUGUGUUGGUCUGGUUUGGCCAUGCUGCUGAUGAUGCUGCCAGCGUUAACGCAAGCCGCUCCAUUGCAGGAAUACACAGAAGUCCAACAAUAUCCGGAAGGCUGCUAUUACAACUAUGCCCAUUACAAUGAGGGUGACCGCAUCAUGACCAAUGAGCCAUGCCUCAACUGCACCUGCCACAACCGCAUGCUCAUGUGCUAUCUGCGUGUCUGCCCCUUCACCAAGCCCAUUGGUCACGAUUGCAUUGUGGAGAAGCGCGAGGAUCAGUGCUGUCCCAUCAUUACCUGCCCAGAGGUGCCUGUGGAUGUGCCCUAUCACACCCCCGAGCCCGGCACUGAGCUGAGCAUACCCGAGAAGUUUGGCUGCAGCAUUGAGGAGAAAUUCUACCCGGAAGGCGCCCAGGUGCCAUCGAACCCCAACAAACCCUGCGAACUCUGCUACUGCAUCAACAACCAGACCAAGUGCGUCAUGCAGGAGUGCACACUCCACGUCGAUGGCUGCACACCCAUCUACAACAAGGGCUCCUGCUGUCCCGUCCGCUACAGUUGCGACCAUGAGAAUGAUGUUCUGGAGCUGGAGGAUCUGUCCACAACAACGACAACAGUGCGUCCUACACCUGGCUUUAUUCUGCCCACAACCAUGACUCCACCUGUCUCCACGGACUGCGUACACAACGGCGAGGUUUACGCUGAUGGUGCCUCACUGUCAGGCAAGAAUGCCUGCGAACACUGCUACUGCAUGCGUGGCGACAUUGUGUGUGCCGUCCAAGAGUGCGAGAUGCCAAUGAGUACGGCCAGCGGCAAGAUCUGUCAUGCCAUGCCUGCUGCCGAGGGUGAAUGCUGCCCCAGCAACUACAUCUGCGAGGAUGACAGCGCUACCACUGAAAUUGUUGAGAUUACCAGCACACCCGAGACUAUCACCACUGCUGCGCCAGUCAAGGACAUCCAUGGUGAGAUUCCCAAGGAAGAUGUUGAUUUGCAAGAGCACAUUGAUGACGAGGAGAAGGACAAGGAUUCCGAAACCGAAACCGAGAGUCCAGCUGAGGAAACUGGCAGUGGCGAAAUUGAUCAUGUCAUUACCACAGUUGCUCCAGAACAAGAGGAUAAGGACAAAACCAAGGACAAGGAACCUGAGGCCUCUACUAUUGCUACUGAUUCUCGUAUCGAUACUCCAGUUAAGGGAUCCACACCUACAUCUGAGGAGGAAGGCAGCGGCGAAGAAAUCACAGCCAAGCCCAUUGUGCCAAUUAAGGAAGAAAGUGACGAAGAAAUCAAGGUUACACCUGAGGAAGGAAGUGGUGAGGAAGAGGGAGUUAAGCCUACAACCGCAUUGCCAGACAAGGAAACUAGUGGCUCUGAGGAAGAAGAGGUUUCCACACCCACUUCACCAGUAUCUACUGAAACAUCUGAGGAAGGCAGUGAGAAACCAACAGCUGCCACACCAGUCGCCAGCGAUGAAGAGGAUAUUGUCAAGGACACAACUCCAGCCAGUGCUGAGGAAGACAUCAUCAAAACUACCACUCCAUCCAAGGAAAUCACUAAGGAAGACGAAACCAUCAAAACAACUACUCCCUCAGAGGAAGUCAGCGAAGAAGAUGAUCAUAUUAAGGCCACGACACCAGCCAAGGAAGUCAGCGAUGAUGAAGACAUCAUCAGCGCCACAACUCCUGCCGGAGAAGAAAUCGAAGAACACGAUACCGCUAAGCCUACUAUUGAAGAUCUUAUUAAGGAGGAAGAUACUCCCAAGGCUACAACUCCUGCAGGAGAAGUUAGCGCAGAUAAAAUCGAAAAGGAAACCACCCCGGCUAAGGAAACCUCCGAUGAGCCAGAGAUCGUCAAGGCCACAACUCCAGCUGGCCAAGUUACCGAAGAAGAGGUCGUCAAGACAACCACUCCUGCUGGAGAAGUCAGCGUGGAGGACGAUACUGUUGAGACUACAACUCCUGCCGGACAAGUCAGCGAGGAAGAUAAAUUCGUUAAGGAGACAACUCCAUCCAAGGAAGACGGCGAAGAUGAAAUCAUCGAGGCUACAACACCCUCCAAAGAAAUCAGCGAAAAGGACGAUACUAUUAAGGCUACAACCCCUGCCGGACAACUCAGCGAGGGUGAGAUCGCCAAGGAAACAACUCCCUCCAAGGAAGGAAUCGAAGAUGAAAUCAUCGAGGCUACAACACCCUCUGAGGAAAUCAGCGAGAAGUAUGAUAUUGUUAAGGCUACAACUCCUGCCGGACAAGGCAGCGAAGAUGAGAUUGAAAAGGAAACAACUCCCUCUAAGGAAGUCAGCGGAGAUGAAAUCUUCAAGGCUACAACUCCCUCUAAGGAAGUCAGCGACGGUGAAAUCUUUGAGGCUACAACACCUUCCAAGGAAGUCAGCGUGGAAGAGGACAAGGAAACAACUCCAGCCGGUCAAGAAAGUGAAGAUGAUAUCAUCAAGGCGACUAUCGCCGCCGAGGAACUCAGCGAUGAUAAUGUUAUCAAGACGACAACCCCUGCUAAGGCAACCUCCGAUGAGGAAGAUCUCGCCGAGGCAACCACACCCUCAAAGGAAGCCAUCGAAGAUGAGAUCAAGACUUCAACUCCCGCUGGACACGUCAGCGAAGGUGAUGAAAUCGUCGCAGCUACGACUUCUGAAGGACAAGACACCGAGGCAGAAGGUGAAAUCAUUAAGGCGACAACUCCCUCCAAGGAGAUCUCCAGUGAUGAAGAGAUUGUCAAGGAAACAACACCUGCCAAGGAAGAAGAUUUCGCCAAGGCUACAACUCCUGCUGGAGAACAGCCCAUUGAACAAGAAACUGACAAAACGCCCACAUCGGGUGAAGAAUCUAUUGAAGCCACAACUACCGUCACGGAUAUUGUUAAGCCAGAAGAAGUUUCUACCGAUGAGAAAGAAAUCAUUCCAAUUGAGGAAGAGGAUAUUGCCAAGGCUACAACUCCUGCUAAAGAAGCUGAUGGUGAGAUUAUUAAGGCUACCACACCUAAAGCUGUGGAGGAUAAGACUGAAGCGGUUGAGACCUCUACUGAAAAGGAUGAAGAAGAAGAAGAUGUGUACACUACAUCGCCGAAACCACAGCUACCUUCAUCAACUGAAGGCAUCAGCGAUGAGGUUAGUUCCGAUGAAACGAAACCUACUGAAGAAGAACCAACUGAAGAAGAAGAAGCCAAGCCUGCAGAGGAAGCCACCACAGUCAGCUCAGAAUAUCCUGUCGAGAAGGAAGAGAAACCCACAACCGUGCCAUCCGUCGAGAAGGAGAGUGAUGAGAAGGAAUCUGUUGAAGAUAAAACCGAGGAGCCCAAGAAGGAUGAAGAGGAGCCCACAACCGAUAAGGCUACUACACUCGAAAAGACUGAAGAAGAUUCGACCGAAAAGGACACUGAAAAAGAGAUUGCCUCUUCGACCAUCGUUCCAGUUGAAGCCAAGCCAUCCGUCGAGAAGGAGAGUGAUGAGAAGGAAUCUGUUGAAGAUAAAACCGAGGAGCCCAAGAAGGAUGAAGAGGAGCCCACAACCGAUAAGGCUACUACACUCGAAAAGACUGAAGAAGAUUCGACCGAAAAAGACACUGAAAAAGAGAUUGCCUCUUCGACCAUCGUUCCAGUUGAAGCCAAGCCGACUACACCAGCUGAAGACACCGAUAAGGAAGGAGAGCCAACGACACAAGUUCCUGUCAAGUCUGAUGUUGUUCCUGCUGAGAUUGAGUCUGAUCAAAGCACUGAGCAGCCCGAAACAAGUGAGGAGUCAGCAACUGACAAGCCAUCAGGCGUCUACUUGCCACCUUCAGGAGAAAAGGAUGAAGCUAGUACCGAAGUCGUUGAAACAACCGCCGAAAGUGUCACAGAGAAGGAAUCCGUUAAGCCAUCCGAGGAGGGUAAACCUGAGAAACCAGAUGAUGAUAGCCGUACUGAUAUCGACCUUGCUACCGAGAAACCAAGCGAGGAAGGCACAACAUCCGCCGCAUUACCCGAUAUGCAUCUACCAUCUGUUAUUCCCGGCGAGGGCGAUUGCUUGGUGGAGGGCAAGACUUAUGCCAACAACACCGAAGUACCCGCAACCACACCCUGCGAUGUGUCCUGUACUUGCAUCAGCAGUAUUGUCUCCUGUAAGACGGUGGAGUGCAAGAUUCCCGAGGAUACCGAGAAGUGUGUGCUGGCUACCGAUCUAUUGGAUGGUUGCUGUCCAACUUAUAUUUGCGAGCCUGAGUCCUCGACUGCCAAGGUCGAUGAGACUACUGAAGAGAAAUACACAACUGUUAAACCUUCUCUCGAUGAGGAAGUGGAGUCUACUAGUACUGAAGAAAUACCAAAGGAUGUCAUUAUGCCUUCUGGCAUUACUGAGCCACCACUAUCUCAUGUCAAACCCGAAGAAGAUAUUGCUGUAACUACUUACACGCCUUCGGUAGAGAAGUCCACAACCGCCAAGCCAGUUUCCGAAGAAGAGAAGGAAGAGGAUAUUGUAUCCCCAACGGCUGCACCUGAGAUCAAGAAGGAACAUAAGCCUAUCGAGCAUAAGCCACAACCUGAGGAAGAAGAACACAAACCAGUCAAGGAAGAACAUAAACCACUCGAGGAAGAACAUAAACCAGUCGAGGAAGAUCAUAAGCCAGUCAAGGAAGAGCAUAAACCAAUUGAAGAAGAUGUUAAACCCGUCGAAGACCAUAAACCAAUCGAAGAUGAUUUCGUCUCCUCAACACCGACACCAAUUGACGAAACCAAGAAGCAGCCUACUGAAGAGGAAGUCACUACACCUGCAGCUGUUUCCGAUGAUACUCAAAAAGAGAUUGAAGAUUCUUCAGCCGCUACGACCAUCGCUCCAAUCUCUAAGGAUGAAGAGAAGCCAGAAGAAGAAAAACCAACUGAGUAUGAAAAGACUGAAGCCCCUGAAACCGAAGCUGACGAAAAGAUUACACCAACUACUGUUAAGCCAACAGAAGAAGAGUCAUCUUCGGAGUCCGCUGAGGAAGAGAUCUCAUCCACAGAAGCAGCUGUCGACGGCAAGAAGCCAACCGAAGAAGAUGAAAAGAUUCCAGCCACAUCAACACCAGCCCCAUCUGAAGCCGAUAUUGAGGAUAAACUUACAACAGUGGUUCCAUCUAUUGACGCUGCUAAGCCUGCUGAUGAGAAGCCUACUGAUGAACACGUGCCAACUGAGGAUAGCAGCGCUGACGUCACCACUCGCCCAGAAUCUGAGGAAGACCAAGACGACAAGAAACUGGCAGAAGACAUUCCAGUACCAACUCCAGCUUCGCCAGUCGAGGCUGAAGAGGAUAAGACGAAGCCAGAGGAUCAGGAAACUAGUACCGAGGCUGAUAAGGAAACAAGCACUGAGGCUGAUACCGAGAAGGAACCCACGAAAGAGACUGUUACGUCUACCAAGGCACCAGUGGUUGAAGAAGAAAAAGAAACAGUUGAGGGUGUUUCAACAUCUACUCCUGGCGUCAGCAAGGACGAAGAGGAAGCUACUGCUGCACCUGUGUCUGAGGAAGUUGAAGACUCUAGCACCGAAAAGGCUUCACUUGAGGAAACGGAAGAGAAGGAGGCUACAACUACUGCUCCAGCCGCCGAAGAAGAGCCAACUAAGGUUACCAAGCUUCCCGAAGACGUUCACGAUGAAUUGUCGACCACAACCCCAGCACCUACAGCCCAAGAAGGCACCAAGAAACCCGCUGAUGAUGAAACUGCAACUGCUGGUCCAGUCGAUGUUGGUAUUGAAACUGAAUCUGAACCCACAGCUACAGUUGCUCCCACUGCCGAGACUGAAAAGGAAUCUACAGCCGCACCAGUAUCUGAGGAUGAAGAGGAUAAACUGGCUUCUACCACUGUUAGUCCUGCUCAUGAUGAAGCUGCAACGCCACCAGCAGAGAAGAUUGAUGAGAAACCAGUUGUGUCCGACUCCAGUGUUACUGAGAAACCCGUCGAUGAAGCUGCUUCUGUUGAACCCUCUUCCACCGAAGCUGGCAUUGAAAAGGAGACUGAACUUCCUUCGAUCUCAACAACACCAGCAGCUGUCGAAAAGAUUGAUGAAGAAGAAACUGCUACCGCUGCUGUUCCUGUUGAGGAGGAAGGUGUUUCUUCCACCGAGAAGUCGAAGCCUGAAGAGCCCACUUCUGAGGAACAAGAGCCAGCAACAGCCAAACCACAGGCUCCCGAAGAGCACAAGGAUAUUGAGGAAGCCACAACUGCCGCACCAUCUGCAGAAGAUGAUACCAAGACAUCCGAAGAGGAAACCACCUCUGCAUCUGAGGAAGCUGAUGUGGACUCUAAGAUUGCUACUACCAUUGCUCCAAUUGUGCCUGCCAAGGAUGAAGAAGUCUCUUCAACCUCUGCACCAGUCAUCGAGAAAGAUAAGGAAAUUCCAGAGGAUAAGAUUGAUAUUAUCACUACUGCUGCUCCAGUUUCUGAAGAAGAUAAACCAGUUGAGGAGGCGAAACCAGUUCAUGUGGAUGUGUCAGUUAAGCCUACCGAUGCUCCAGCAUUGGAAGAGGAGUCCACAGAAUCUGAGGAAGAACUGGAAGAAAAACUGCCCACAACUACCGUCAAAGCUCCAACAGACAAGGUCACUGAAUCAUCGAUCGCAAUUCCAGCUGAAGACGAAGCUGACAAAAUCACCACAGUUGCACCUUCUGCUGAAGAGCCCUCAGCCAAGCCAACUGAUGAGAAGACUCCGGUCUCAUCUGAUGAGGAGAGCACUGAGGAAACUCAGCCUGCGACCACCGCUGUCCCAGUGGCUACAGAUGACAAGAAGGAACCACCACUGCCUACGAGAGCGCCAAUUUCCGAUUCGGAAGAGAAACCUGCAUCAUCUGAGAACGAAAUCACAUCGGCUGAAUCGACAGAGGCACCAUCUUCAGAAGAGGAGUCGGAGGUGCAAUCCACCGCUGCUCUCAGUCACGAGAAGCCUGUCCAGGAGGAUGGAGACAAGGCUGAUGCCACAACAGUUGCACCUCUCGAAGAAGAGCCUGCCAAGGAACCAACUGAAGUUGAAGCUAAACCUGAGGAAGGUAUUGUCUCAACCACAGAUGCGCUACCAACAGAAAGCGGCAAGCCGGCUGAGAAGGAGCCCUCAACUACCUCUGCUCCAUCAAAGGAUGAAGUUGAACCAACAACCGAGCAACCUUCCGCUGAAGAAGAAGAAGAAGAAGAGUCUACUGAUGAGAAAAUACCUACUACUGUCGCACCAUCUGAAGAGGAAGCUCAGCAGCCCACAUCAACUGCUGCUACUCCCGCUAAGGCUGAUGCCACUACUCCAGCUGAUGAGGAUAAGAUCGAUGUCACCACACCUCCUGCGCCAGUCCAUGAUGACGAUACAGAGGAAGGCACAGCCCGACCAAUUAGCGACAAGACCGAUGAGUCCAAGAAGCCAAGUGCAACCGAGCCAACCAUUGAAGAUAGUCUUGCAACAACACCUGAAUCCGAGGAAGAUAAGGAAGAAGCACCUCUCCCGACCACAGCCAAAACUCCCAUUGCCAUUGACACUACUAUUGCCCCAGUUCAUGUGCCUGCUGUCGAGGAUGUUGACAAGAAGCCUCUGGAAGAUGUACUGUCACAAACGAUUGCUCCAGAAACCGAGGAAGGCGAAACUGCUACAACUUCUGCUGAAGAAGAUGCUGAGAAGACUCCUGUUACCGUUGCUCCUGUUGCUCAUGACAUUGAAGCAAUCAGCGAAGUUACCACAAAACCAGCUGCCACAGAAGAUGUGGGCGAGGAAACCACUAAGCCAAGUGAAGUCGAGCAAGAGGAAGAGACAAUUGAUCAAACUACUGGUGCCAAACUGAAACCAACAACGGAUGAGACAACCACCAAGACAACCGACGUGGAAGCCACAGAAUCUCCUGCUCACGAAGCAGAUAGUGAAGUGCACACUGUUAAGCCAGUUAAGGCCAGCUUGGAUUCUUCUGAGGAGGGUGACUUAUCCCAAGAGUCGGAGGAAGAACACACACCUGCCGCUCCAGCCAAACCAACCACGGAUGAGGAUGAAUCCAUCGAAUCCGAGGAAGAAGUUACUGAAGCUGCACCCAAGAAACCAGAACAUGACGAGACCACUGCAGCUGCUGUCGAUGCCCAACCACCACAGACCACAGCUGCCUCAGCUGCUGCCUCUGAAGAGCCAUCGACCGAGAGCACCAGCGAUGAAUCGGCCACCAAGCAGCCUGAAACUGAUAGCGUGAUCACAAUGCAUCCACUGUUUGCCCAGCAUCUGACCAGCACCACAAAGGCGCCAAGCGUUGACGAUCGUCUCGGCGUUGACACUGAAACUGAAGCCGCACCAACUAAGCAGAGCACAGAGACCACAACAACAGAGUCACCACUGACCACGGAAGCGUCAUCCACAACAGCACAUGCACCAAUUACACCGCCUUCGUAUGGCCAGCCGCCAUCGUACGAGCAUGCAUACGACAACGACGACUACGACGAAGAGGAAGUCUUUGGACCCGGCACUUGUCGCUAUGCUGGCAAGAUCUAUGUGUCUGCUCAGCAAAUUCCACGCGACGAUCCUUGCGAUUUCUGCUUCUGCUUCAGAAGCGACAUCAUCUGUUUGCAACAAUCUUGCCCGCCACCAAUUUCUGGUUGUCACGAGGAGCCCAUUUCUGGCUUCUGUUGUCCACGUUACGAGUGUCCCGUCUCAAUGGCCGCUGUGCUUAACAUUACGACAAGCACAACAACCACAAGCACCACACUGCCACCACAUUUCCUCAACUACUCACAUGGCGAUGCCGUGCAACACACUGGCUGCCUCAUCAAUGGUCGCUCCUAUAAGGUGGGCGAACGCAUCGAAUCAACGAGCGGUCCCUGCAUGAGCUGCACUUGCGGCGGCGAUGGCAACAUGAAGUGCGAUCCACAGCAAUGCAGGCCCGAGCCAACGAUGCAGGAAUUGUUGGCCACCGUUGCGGCUCACCGCAAGAGAUGAACCACCAGCCAUGCACACUAAAUAUAAUUUUAACUAAUUUUUAAGCACUGCAAACAAACAAUCACAUCAGAAAAAGGAACAGAAACAGACAGAAACAGCCCAAAUUGCACCCACAGAGCUGCAUUACUCACGUUUUUAUCUGAAGGAACAAGAAGAAAUAGACUCCGAAAAUAGAAACAGUAUCAGAAUCAGUAAUAGAAAUAGACACACACACAUACAAUAAUAUAUUUACUAAGGUGCCAAAAACUGGUGAAACAUAAUGAACAACAACAACCCACUUGAUUAGAUCCGAUUAAGAAUAGUUCGAAAUGAUUAACUUUGUCUUGCACUUUUUUCAAUUUUGAAUUCCAAUUUGUUUCGGAUUAGGUUACGUGACGAAGCAACCAGUGAUAUUGUACUGUAUACAUAGUAUAGGUGCAAUUAAUUUAGAACGCGCUCACUAAAAAAAAAAAAAAUCAAUUAUGAACUUUAAUUUGUAUUCGAUAUCCCCCGAUCAGCUUACCAUAAUCAAACUUAACGUCGUGCCUUGUAAAGUUGUUUCUUGUGAGUCGACCCCCAUAUAAAAUGCAAUCGCUAUUCAGGAGACUCAAACCUAACCCAAAACAUUUUAUUUGCCAGAUUCGCAAUUAAUAAUUUUACGACGCCACAAAAUGUUUUGUUUAUGGAGCAAGCAAAGAAAAAACAAAAAAAAAAUACGUUUCUUUAUGUUUGUUUUAAUAGCAAUACUUUUCUUCAAUGCGCUUUUAUAGUAUUUUAGUCACUUUAUAUUUUAAACAUUAUUAUUUUUUGUGUAUAAUUGUUGCUUCUAGUCUUCUUUUGUUGUAAGAGCAACGAAAUCCGCCUGAACACACAAGCGCACAACGAGAUCAAAUCAGAUCAGAUGCGAUCCGUUGAAUUGAAUUGAGUUGAGAUAAUUAAAAUAUCUUCUAUAAACUUUUCCAAGCUUUUAUACUUUUAUAUACAAUAUGUGUAAAAUGAAGAACCGAACGAAACUAGUUUUUAUAGCAAUUUUACAAAACGAACCACGAAUUGCAUAGUUUUUAAUGGAUUGAAUUUAACGUUUACGUCAUUUGCACGCACAAAUCCAUCUGUGGUAGUAAUGAACAAGUAAUUUAACUAAAUUAAAAAGUGUUUUUUUAGGUCAACUGAUGACGGAAACUAAACUUUGCAAAUCGAAUCUAGUAAUUCUAGGCUAUUGUUAUUGCUCGACUGAUUGAAAUGUGAUCAGCAACAAUAGAUAUGAUAUGAUAUGAUAUGAUAUAUGGCGUAGACGAUAAUUUUGUAAACUAAUUUUUAAUAAUAUCAGCGAGUCGCAAAUGGUAUUAAUAUAUUAAAUCAUAUAUAAGUACUAAAUGUAACAAUCAAUAUGAUAUCAGUAAAUUUCAAUCGCUUGAGCAUUAGAAAUAUGCCGAAAAUUCGAUGCGUAAAAACAACACACAAUAAAUAUGAACAACAAUUAGAUUUAUAUAAUCUCUAAAUAUAGUUACAGUUUUUAAGUAUUUAACUAUAAAAAUAAAUAAAUAAAUUUUAAUGUAGAACUUAUUUAUUUUAUAUGUCUUUUAAGAACAGCUCUUGUGUUUCCAUAAUUAUCGUAAUUUAUAUGCAAGCUUUCUUUGUAAUCUUAUAAAUAAAUACAACGCUUUUUAUUGAAAUGUA